CCUUGAAAGCACCAUUUCUCUCAACGUCACCAGGUAUCCCAGAAGCCUCCUCACCAGGAAGUGUAAUGCCGGAGAGGUCUCUGGUUUUGUUUUGACGAUGAUGGAGGAGGAAGAGUUUGAGUUUGCUGAGGAUUUGGAGGCUAUUUUGCAUCUAACCCCAGAGGUGCAACUAGCCAUUGAACAGGUUUUCCCCAGCCAGGACCCGCUGGACAGAGCAGACUUCAAUGCUGUAGAGUACAUCAACACACUGUUCCCCACCGAGCAGUCUUUGGCUAAUAUCGAUGAUGUGGUUAACAAGAUUCGUCUGAAGAUCCGGCGCCUGGAUGACAACAUCAGGACGGUGGUGAGAGGCCAAACCAAUGUGGGCCAGGAUGGCAGACAGGCUUUGGAAGAGGCCCAGAUAGCCAUCCAGCAGCUCUUUGGCAAAAUCAAAGACAUCAAGGACAAGGCGGAGAAGUCUGAACAAAUGGUCAAGGAGAUUACGAGGGACAUAAAGCAGCUGGACCACGCCAAACGCCACCUAACUACAUCCAUCACCACCCUCAACCACCUGCAUAUGCUGGCAGGGGGUGUUGACUCUUUAGAAGCCAUGACCAGAAAGAGGCAGUAUGGUGAGGUGGCCAACCUGCUGCAGGGAGUGGUCAAUGUGCUUGAACAUUUCCACAAGUACAUGGGCAUACCGCAGAUCAGACAGCUUUCUGAGAGAGUAAAGGCAGCACAGAGUGAGUUGGGGACUCAGAUCCUGGCAGAUUUUGAAGAAUCCUUCCCAUCUCAAGGCUCCAAGAGACCAGGCGGUCCCAGCAAUGUGCUGAGAGAUGCCUGUCUGGUGGCCAACGUGCUGGAUCCGCGCAUCAAACAGGAGAUCAUCAAAAAGUUCAUCAGGCAGCACCUCUCAGAGUACCUGGUGUUAUUCCAGGAAAACCAAGAUGUUGCAUGGCUAGACAAGAUCGACCGGCGCUAUGCGUGGAUCAAACGGCAGCUGGUGGACUAUGAGGAGAAGUAUGGACGCAUGUUUCCUGAGGAGUGGUGCAUGACGGAGCGGAUCGCUGUGGAGUUCUGCCACAUCACCAGGAUCGAGCUAGCCAAAGUGAUGCGAACACGGGCUAAGGAGAUCGAGGUGAAGCUGCUUCUGUUUGCUAUUCAGAGGACCACAAACUUCGAGGGUCUUCUGGCCAAACGCUUCACAGGAUGCACCUUGACGGACAUAUCCGGACAGAAGAGGCCAGACAGCCCUCUGGCCCCUACUAACCCCUUCCUGGAGGAUGAGGCAGGUGAAGAUGUGGGCACAGAUAAGGACGAGGAUCUGGCUAAGCCCAGGAAGCCAAAAGCUCCGGACAACCCUUUCCAUGGCAUUGUCUCCAAGUGCUUUGAACCUCAUCUAUACGUCUACAUAGAAUCCCAAGACAAGAACCUGGGCGAGCUAAUUGACCGGUUUGUGGCCGACUUCCGAGCACAAGGCCCACCGAAGGCGGGCACGGAGGAGGGUGGAGCGGUGCUUCCCAGCUGUGCUGACCUCUUCGUCUAUUACAAGAAGUGCAUGGUGCAGUGCUCCCAACUGAGCACCGGAGAACCGAUGAUCGCCCUCACAACCAUCUUCCAGAAAUUCCUGAGAGAGUACGCAUGGAAGAUCCUCUCUGGCAACCUGCCUAAAUCCAGCAGUAACAGCGGAGGUCUUACCAUCAGCAGCCUGCUGAAGGAGAAAGAAGGUUCAGAAGCUGCAAAGUUCACCAUGGACGAGCUCUGCCUGAUCUGUAGCAUCCUCAGCACUGCGGAGUACUGUCUGGCUACCACACAACAGUUGGAAGAGAAACUAAAGGAAAAGGUAGAUAAACUCCUAGUGGAGAGAAUCAAUUUGACUGGGGAGAUGGAUACAUUCAGCACUGUGAUCUCAAACAGUAUCCAGCUACUCGUUCAAGAUCUUGAUGCGGCCUGUGACCCUGCUCUCACUGCAAUGAGCAAGAUGCCGUGGCAGAGUGUGGAGCAUGUGGGUGACCAGAGUCCUUAUGUGACGUCUAUCAUCAUGCACAUUAAGCAAAAUGUGCCGAUCAUCAGAGACAAUCUGGCCUCCACGCGCAAAUACUUCACACAAUUCUGCAUCAAGUUCACAAAUUCUUUCAUUCCCAAGUUUAUCAACCACCUGUUCAGAUGUAAGCCUAUCAGCAUGGUGGGAGCUGAACAACUCCUCCUUGACACUCACUCCCUGAAGACAGUCUUGCUGGAUCUGCCCUCCAUAGGCUCCCAGGUGCUCCGCAAGGCACCUGCCAGCUACACCAAAAUCGUGGUGAAAGGCAUGACCCGUGCAGAGAUGAUCCUUAAGGUGGUGAUGGCCCCACAUGAACCACCAGUGGUGUUUGUUGAUAACUACAUCAAGCUCCUGGCUGAUGGAAAUCCUGAGACUUUCCAGAAGAUUCUGGACAUGAAGGGUCUGAAGCGCAGUGAACAGAGCAGCAUGCUGGAGCUCUUCAGGCAGCGGCUACCCACGCCACCCUCCGGGGCCGAUGGCGGCUCCUCUCUCUUCAGCAUCCCCACCCCUGAGCAGGAGUCCUCCCGCAUUCGCAGACUAGAGAAACUCAUCAAGAAUAGACUGUGAACGGACACACACAGAAAUUUAAAAUUAAAAAGGCUGCCGGCUGGGAUGGUUGUCAUGUCUCUUGCGGUAAUUCAUCUCACAGACUUCAUUAUGCUCCAUUCGGUUAUCGUGGAGGAAGUGCAAAAAAGUUGAAGGAAUUUUUCUGACUGACAGUAAUAUGAACCCGAGCUGAUGCUGGAUUAUGAAGAAACUUCCUCAGACGCUACUUGCCGUUGUUACAUAUGCCAUUUACUUCUGUAAUUCCCCACUUUUCUAUGUAACAUUACUACAUUAUUGCACAGUGCAUGCACUCAAAAGAACGAUUGCAGUGCUGUUAACUAGAUUCUGCUCAGAGAGCCUCUGGCUGCCUCUCUUGGACAUGUCUAAUCCACAACGAUUACAGGCAGCCUGAUCUUAAUUAAAGUUGAUGUUUUCUGAACAUAAUGUAUUUCAACAAUAGCCAUGGUUUUUCCUCAACUAUUUUAAUUUCAAGUGGGGGAUACCGGGUUGAAAUUUGUGUGCAUCUCUCCCGUCCACAUGCGUCAUAGGUGUCUGGAUUGUUUGUGUGAACGGUGGCGUAAAAUGAAUCAAAGACCCCAAAUCUGGAACAAAGAGAACCUUUGGAUUUCCUUCAUCUUCAGUCAGACAUGAGGCCGGCUUUGUCUUCUUGGCAUUUAAAAUCCCUCUAGGUUGACUUGGAAAUUAGAACCAGCUAGCUGAAGUCUUUAAACUUGGGCCGCGUGUACACAUGUGUGCGGUCGGUCUUGUUUGUUUAGCAUUUCAAAAUAUUCUUUGAUAAUGUAAUCCUCUGUCUCCUUGAAAAUAAGGGUUUGUUUUUAGUGUAUCCAUCCCUCCAUAUCCAUAGGGGGGCAAAUUGCAACAAAAUGGGUUUGUCUCAAUACUUUGCUGAGUGAUUUCUGGGUCUGUGAAGCUGCUUCCUCACAUAUCCUCAGCAAUGUCAAAUACUGCAGUUGUUCCGAUACAAGUAUCAGAAAUGUGUUCGAUACUGCCCAAAAUUUGGGAUCGGGUAUCAGCGAGUACGCCAGUCUGUGCACUGAACCGAUACCAUCAUUUAUUAACCCAGAAAUUCGGUAUUGGGAAGGAAAAAAUGGUAUUGGAACAUCUCUAUCAAAUACAGUACAUCAGUCGCUGGAAGAAAAUCAGCUAUUUAUUUGAAGUCCAGCCCUGAUGCCAGCGUCUCUCAGUUGUAGUAAAUCAAGUAAAUGUAACUGCAUUAGUGUACACAUCAUUCCUGCCUUCAGGUACAAAAUGUUUGUUUGUAUUGUCUGAAUUGUAUGCUAUAAACAAGCAAUCUUUGAACACUAUUAAAAACAUUGGCACCA